GUAUGCUUGAAAAGCAGCGAGUGCAGCAAAGUAGUACGGCGCAGAGUGUUUCAUGUGGUAGCAAUUUGAAUGAUGACGUGUUACUAGUCAAGUUCUAUGGCAGAUCUUGCAAGCAGUGCGUGGAACUCGGGCCUUUGUAUGAUACGCUGCCCUUCGUCUACAGGGACAAGAGCCUGAGAUUCGGACGAGCAGACGUCACAAACUUUCCCACACUUGUUGUUCCUCCACCACCACCCCAAAAUUUUGCCAGUUUGGAUCGAAGUCAAAACAUUGAAGAUCGUCUGGAGGGCUGCCCGCGCUGUGGGGGCGGGGGCUUCGUCGUUUGUACAGAAUGUAAUGGACAGGGACACCUGAUACGAAGUGUAGACGGGCACACGGUUGCAGACGUGUGUAUGACCUGCGUAGGUCAAAGAAAAAUCCCCUGUCAACAGUGCGGCGGGAAAUGUUACUUGUGCUGAUGUACAGACAGACAAUGGCAUUGCGAAUACGUGGAGAAAUAUAGAAAAGCAGUAUACGUAAUGGAGAGAUCACAAGAAUUUGUACUCG